AUGACCACUGCAGCUGUGUUUGGCUCCACCGGGGCCGUGGGCUCGCAGAUCCUAGCAACACUACUUGCUUCAGACUCGUUCGCCCACGUGAAGACCGUGUCGCGCAGAGUCCCCGACGUCCAAUCACCCAAACUCGAAGCCCUGCAGGAAAGCGAUACUUCUAAAUGGGGUACCUUGAUCUCGACCUUAUCUCCCAAACCUUCGGUGGUUUUCAAUGCCGUCGGUACUACUCGUGCCACAGCCGGCGGUAUUGAGAAUCAGUGGAAGAUCGACCACGAUCUAUGUAUCGAGAAUGCCCGUGCUGCCAAAGCUGCUGGUGUGAAGACGUAUGUGUUUAUCUCCAGUGCGGGAACGCGAGGCUUUUUCUCCAAGUAUGUGCCGUACUCCAAGAUGAAGAUUGGUGUGGAGGAUGCUAUUCGGGAGCUGGGCUUCGAGCAUGCGAUCAUCAUAAGGCCCGGGAUGAUUCUCGGCAGGGAGGUUCCCAAGUCUGCGGUCUUUGAGAGCAUCGUGGGAAAUUUACAUAAGGUGGCACAGGGAAUUCAAGACUGUCUCGGUCAAGACCAGUCCAUUAUUGGUAGGGCUGCGGUAGCAGCGGCUCGACAGGCCGAGGAGGGCAAAGCCCCCUCGGCGUAUUGGAUUGUUGAACAGGCUGAUGUUGUCAGACUCGGAAGAGACGAAUGGAAAGAAUGA